CACUUGGCUACAUUCGCCCCCCCCUUUUUUUUUUUUUUUUGAAGCGAUUAACGCGUAUGCUUUCAUCCGAGCCGGAAUGGAUGCUGCUGAGCCGAGACUGUGAAGAGAGAGAGGAAGCGUGCGCAUCUCUCUCUCUCCCCCCCCCCACCUCCUCCACCUCCUCUUUCUCUGUCAAAAGCUCCACCUCUGUCCAUCGCUACAGCCGAGACCGGUGACAUUUUUGUGCUGAAUGAGAGCAAGAGGGCACCGGACUGUGAAUUUGCAACCUGCUGCUGGCAAGCCGAGGCUAAUAUGAAGGCAACAUUUGGCAAGCCAGAUCCAGGAAAGUACCAGAAGUCCUUUCAACGCAUUUGAGGCCAAAGCCAUGUUUUACCAUCUCCGGUAAAACCCGUGCCCCCCCCUCCCCGCCGCCCGACUGUCCCCUCACCCUACCGAGCCAGCGGGAGCUAGGCGGCUCCAGAAGCACGCAGAGAUGGGUCCGCCGUGCGUCGGGCCGGCCGAGCCGCAGCCCGCGACGGAGGCUGCCUGCAAGCGGAGGGGUCUCUGUCGUUUGCGGAGAAAACUCAGGCCGGUGCGGAUCUUGGGCUUGGCGGUGAGCCUGCUGGCCGCGAGUGCCGUCUCCGUCUGUGCCUUGACGUGGAACUCGGCCGCUCCGGGUGAUCCGGCGGGUUCCCGGGACGGCCUCCGCCAACCGGUGCCCCACAGGACUCUGCUCUUCAGCCAGCAGCAGAAGGAGGCCAACGGGUCGGAUGGCGCGAAAUGGACAGCGGGUGGCAACGAAAGCCAAGGGGAAUACCCGCCGGACCUCUUCAACAUCCAGCAGAGGCGGCGGGGGGCGGUGAUCCUCCACAUGUUCGGCAUGAUCUACAUGUUCAUCGCCUUGGCCAUCGUGUGCGACGAGUUCUUCGUCCCGGCGCUCACGGUCAUCACCGAGAAGCUGACCAUCUCGGACGACGUGGCCGGCGCCACUUUCAUGGCGGCGGGCGGCUCGGCUCCCGAGCUCUUCACCUCCAUCAUCGGCGUGUUCAUCUCGCACAGCAACGUGGGCAUCGGCACCAUCGUGGGCUCGGCCGUCUUCAACAUCCUCUUUGUCAUCGGGAUGUGCGCCAUCUUCUCCAAGGAGAUCCUCAACCUGACGUGGUGGCCCCUCUUCCGCGACGUCUCCUUCUACAUCCUGGACCUCAUCCUGCUCAUCGUCUUCUUCCUCGACAACUUCAUCUCCGUGUGGGAGAGUGUCACGCUGCUGUCGGGAUACGCCGCCUACGUCAUCUUCAUGAAAUUCAACGGGACCGUGGAGGGCUUCGUCAAAGGCUGCAUGAACAAGAACCAAGUGGUGGAGGUGGAGGUGCAGCCCAAGGAUGAGAAGGCGAGUCCGGGGGCGCCCGAGGAUGACGGCAAGUUGGCGGCCAGACCUCGUCUUCAGAGGGGGGGCAGCUCGGCCUCCCUGCACAACAGCUUGAUGAGGAACAGCAUUUUCCAGCUCAUGAUUCACACCUUGGACCCUUUAAGUGAAGAAUUUGCCGACUCUGAGCUUGGGACUUAUGGGAAACUAAAAUAUUAUCACUCAAUGACUGAGGAAGGGAAAUUCCGCGAGAAAGCGUCCAUUCUUCACAAGAUCGCCAAAAAGAAAUGCCAAGUCGAGGACAGCGAGAAGGCCAACGGAGUCGCCAGCCGUUCAGAUAAGAACCUGCCAAAUAGCUCCAGCGUGCAAGUGGAGGCGGCCCCGCCCAUGAACGGCACAGCGGGACCGGAAGGACAAACGGCUGAAGAUGAGGAGGAAGACGACCAGCCCCUGAGCCUGUCAUGGCCCGAAUCCGGCCGCAAGCGCUUCACCUACCUCUUCAUCAUGCCCAUUGUCCUCCCCCUGUGGCUGACGCUGCCCGACGUCAGGAAACCGUCAGCCAAGAGGUUCUUCCCCAUCUCCUUCCUGGGUUCCAUCUGCUGGAUUGCGGCCUUCUCCUACCUGAUGGUGUGGUGGGCCCACCAGGUUGGAGAAACCAUCGGGAUUACCGAGGAGAUUAUGGGUCUGACUAUAUUAGCGGCGGGAACGUCCAUCCCUGACCUCAUCACCAGCGUUAUUGUGGCACGCAAGGGCCUCGGGGACAUGGCCGUGUCCAGCUCCGUCGGCUCCAACAUCUUUGACAUUACUGUCGGACUUCCGUUCCCGUGGCUGAUGUGGUCGCUCAUCAGCGGCUUGAAACCUGUGACGGUGAGCUCCAACGGGCUCUUCUGCGCCAUCGUGCUGCUCUUCCUCAUGCUCAUCUUCGUCAUCAUCUCCAUCGCCGCCUGCAAGUGGCGCAUGAGCAAGCUGCUGGGCUUCAUCAUGUUUAUGCUCUACUUCGUCUUCCUGGUGGUCAGCGUCAUGCUGGAGAACCGGGUGCUUGCGUGUCCAGUUUCGGUCUGACGGGGGGGGGCGCGGACCCCCCGCUCCCCACCCGAAGGCCCGGCCCCCAGCUUUCCCUCUUUCCGACCGACAAAAAAAAAAAAACACAUCCUCAUUGGCUUUCCUGCGUGCUGGAUGAAAGAGAAGUGAAGCAAAUGCGCAGUGGAGAUGCCAACGAGCGACACCAAACUUUGUCUCGCCCGAGUGGAUUUUCUGUGUUCUUUAAUUAGCUGGUAAGGAGGAGGAGGUGCAUUACGGGCGCACCGGCCAAAUCGCAAAAGCAUUAUGCAUGCCAUUAGUGUCAUUAGAUCAGGCUUAUCACGACUGGCAGGUUGAGGAGAAGCACCUCCUGUGAACUUUGUACACAUGAAGCUGCUGCUCACAGGAUAAGAAGAAGACGGAAAACCGGGAAAAGACUCCUUCAAACCAAAAAAAAAAAAGGCAGACGGAUUUAUUUCUGAUGACUUUAUUGUUCACCGCAGCACUCUCUCUUAAGAGGAUUUUUUUUUUCUUUUUCAAUUUGAACACUUUACCAUGAAAUAAUUAGCGGUAGCGUCAGACGUACUGUAGCAGGACAAUCUGCUCCUUCUGAUUGUAGAUAACACGUCACGUCACACACUCACACCACCGCAAAAAAAAAAAAAAAAAGGCCUCUGGAAUGACAAGCAUGAGUACUUAGGGCUCACUAAGCCUCUAUUAUGAAGUCAAAUAGUCCAUUUGAAAAUGACUUGUCGGUGUAAAUGCGUCACAAUUGAUAGAUUAGUCCGCGUGUAGCGCUUUGGGUUUCAGUCGCAAAAAAAAAAAAAAAAAAAAAGACACUCGCAGAUAAAUCGUAGUAAUCCGCAUUUAAACAACUUGUAUACCAAAAUGUACACUUUUUCACCGUGUUACAUGCAAACAUGUAAACCAGUGCUCGGUCUCGACGUAGAAAACAGUGAUCUCUAUAGUCAAGCUCACUUUCUAAGCUGCAAUGACCAUUCCUUACCUGUAGAGGCGCUAUACUAGAACAAAAAAAAAAAACAGUCCACCCAUUUGUCUUUUGUUGGCAAAAAGAGAACUCCUAAUCACGAUAUGUGAGAAUAGAAUGUGGAUUAAACAGCAAUAUACGUGUUGUCAUGCGUCUGCCCUGCACCCAUUCACCUUUCUAUCUCCACGCCCUUUGACCUCAACCUCUGUACAGCAUCUUGGUGGCAAAGGAGGAAAGGUGAUUGCGUUCAAGUUCUUUUGGGCUGGUUACCCACCGACUGUACAACGGAACUCUUCACUUUUAUGCAUUUGAUUAGAACAGAGAGCAGGUUUUACUUUGUAAAUAUCUAUUUUUGUUUCAAACGAGCAAACCCAGUUUGGAUAUGACUUCUUUUUUUAUACUCACGUUGAGCAAAUCUACGUAGGGCUGCUGCUGCCAACAUUUUUUUUCACGUAUUGAAGUGCAAAAAAAACAAAAAAAACAUCUAAGAUUCACAAAGUGACUCUCUAAGGCUUGUUGUGUCAGCUAAUUUUGCUUCAGUUUGGACAAUCAUCUCUGUGCACUUGAAGGUCCGAACGCUCAACUCAAGGUGAACUCCAGAGUUGCUUGAAUGAUGCCGUCGAAGGACUUUGGAUUGUGCUUGAUUAAGGUGAGUGAAGUGGCACAAUUCACCAGUCAAAGGUUUUGCACUGUAAAUGUCUUUAUUUUCUUGGUGUUCAUGUAAGAUUGGUUUCACGUGUACAUAUAUACAGAAACAAAUUAACCAUAUAACCUAUAAAUGUACACAUUUGUCUCUAUGUAAAAACAAACAAAGUAUAUAAUGAAACGAAUAAAGCUGAUCCGAUUCGAAUAUG